UUACCUCGUUGCACUGCUGAGAGCAGGAUGGGUCAUCAGCAGCUGUACUGGAGCCACCCGCGUAAAUUCGGCCAGGGUUCUCGCUCUUGUCGCAUCUGUUCAAACUGGCACGGUCUGAUCCGGAAAUAUGGCCUCAAUAUGUGCCGCCAGUGUUUCCGUCAGUACGCGAAGGAUAUCGGUUUCAUUAAGUUGGACUAAAUGAUCUUCCUUCAAAGGAUUGUCCAAGGCAUCUACUCAAUGAAAAACCAUGAUAGUUUGUACAUGAAAUAAACAUUUGAAAAAACAAACAAACAAACAAAAAGUCACAUAAAUCACUUUGUUAUUCAUCCCUGAGGCAGUAUUUCUUCCAGAGAGAAUAUGGUAAUUACCCAAUUCCCACAAUCUGGUAUUGUCCCCUUUCCCUGCAAUUGCAAGUCACUGCCUAAAUGAGCCAUUGUUAAAAUGGG